AUGACAAAGCCAGGCAAUCCUCUUGUUGAAGAUUCUUUUGGCCAAACACCUCUUCAUUUGGCGGUCGUUCAUACACCUCAAGAUCCUGAGCGUAUCAAGCAAGGAAUGCGGGCUCUUCUCAAUCGUGACACACCUCUCAAUUUGCAGGAUGGAAAUGGUCAAACUCCGCUCCAUAUGGCAGCUCAAAUUGGUAAUCACUGGGCUGUUGAGUUGAUACUUGAGCACUAUAUCUUUGACAGGGAACCCGACGAAGAUGACGAGGCCGACGAGGAUAGCGAGACGGAUGUGACUGAUUUGGCUGCGCUUAUCUACCAGGCUGCGCUUAUCCGCCGGGCUGAAGAUCUGGGGAUACGUGAUAAUGACGGGAGUACACCAUUUCAUCUGGCUGCAAUGUUACGGCCAUCAAACUAUGCAAAAAUCCUCGAUUUGCUGAACGAAGCUGGAGGAAGAUGCACAUGCAAAACUCCUAAUGGCGAUAGCUCUUGUGAAAGCCUGCGGGAGAAAUUCAAAAACUAG